AUGUCCCGUGUGCGCCGCCUUCUGCUCGGAUACCUGUUCCCAGCCCUCCUGUUGCAUGGGCUGGGAGAGGGCUCUGCCCUCCUUCAUCCAGACAGCAGAUCACACUCUCGGUCCUUAGAAAAAAGCGCCUGGAGGGCUUUCAAGGAGUCACAGUGCCAUCACAUGCUCAAGCAUCUCCACAAUGGUGCACGGAUCACGGUGCAGAUGCCCCCGACCAUCGAGGGCCACUGGGUGUCCACAGGCUGUGAAGUAAGGUCAGGUCCGGAGUUCAUCACAAGGUCUUACAGAUUCUACAACAAUAAUACCUUCAAGGCCUACCAGUUUUAUUAUGGCAGCAACCGCUGUACAAAUCCCACCUAUACCCUCAUCAUCCGAGGCAAGAUCCGGCUUCGUCAGGCAUCCUGGAUCAUCCGUGGGGGCACUGAGGCUGACUACCAACUUCAUGGUGUCCAAGUCAUCUGCCACACAGAGGCAGUUGCUGAACAACUCAGCCGACUGGUGAACCGAACUUGUCCGGGCUUCCUGGCUCCUGGUGGUGCCUGGGUACAGGAUGUAGCCUAUGACCUGUGGCAGGAGGAGAGUAGCCAUGAGUGCACCAAGGCUGUGAACUUUGCCAUGCAUGAGCUGCAGCUCAUCCGUGUGGAGAAGCAGUAUCCCCACCAUAGCCUGGACCACCUGGUAGAGGAGCUCUUCCUGGGCGACAUCCACACUGACGCUACCCAGAGGGUGUUCUACCGGCCAUCCAGUUACCAGCCUCCCCUGCAGAACGCCAAGAACCACAACCAUGCGUGCAUAGCCUGCCGCAUCAUUUACCGGUCCGAUGAACACCACCCUCCCAUCCUGCCCCCCAAGGCUGACCUGACCAUUGGCCUCCAUGGGGAAUGGGUGAGCCAGCGCUGUGAGGUACGCCCCGAGGUCCUCUUCCUCACCCGCCACUUCAUCUUCCACGACAACAACAACACCUGGGAAGGACAUUACUACCACUACUCAGACCCCGUCUGCAAGCAUCCCACGUUUACCAUCUAUGCUCGAGGCCGCUACAGCCGCGGCGUGCUCUCCUCUAGGGUCAUGGGUGGCACAGAGUUUGUGUUCAAAGUGAAUCACAUGAAGGUCACGCCCAUGGAUGCGGCCACCGCCUCCCUCCUCAAUGUCUUCAGUGGGAAUGAGUGUGGGGCUGAGGGCUCCUGGCAGGUGGGUGUCCAACAGGAUGUGACGCACACCAAUGGCUGCGUGGCUCUGGGCAUCAAACUACCUCACACAGAGUAUGAGAUCUUCAAAAUGGAGCAAGACGCCCGGGGCCGCUACCUGCUGUUCAAUGGCCAGAGGCCCAGCGAUGGCUCCAGCCCAGACAGACCCGAGAAGAGAGCCACAUCCUACCAGAUGCCCUUGGUCCAGUGUGCCUCUUCCUCACCGAGAGCUGAAGACUUGUUGGAAGACAGUCAAGCCCAUCUGUAUGGCAGGGCAGCAGGGAGGACAGCUGGGACCCUGCUGCUUCCUGCCCUUGUCAGCCUUUGGACUCUGCCACAUUGGCGCGUCUUCAGAUAGAAGACAUUUUCUAAACCAAGACUCUUCACCAUGUAUGACUUUUCUUCACACAGAGAAAGAACAUUGAUUCUUUUGAUGCACUUGAAUGCCUGAGAUCUGCCAAUGCCUCUCCUCUCUCCCCUCUUCCAGCCUCUUGAGUCAUGAGCAGUGUGUUUGAAGUUUCAGCUUUGAAUUUCUUCCAGCCUGAUCCGUGGCCUG